CUGUGUGUGUGUAAGUCCUAUAUACAGCCAAAGAAGAACAAGUGGAGGGAGAGUAGGAGAGAAAGAAGAAGGGUGUUUUCACUGAUCAACGAAGGUAGUUUCAGGAGAAAAAAGGAGGGAACAAAAAGGAAGAAAAAAAGAAAGAAAGAAGAGAGAAUAUCUUAGUAAUUGUUUGGAUGUUGGUAAGCAGUACUGAUCUGCGAGAUUUGUCGGUGGCCUGAGAAACGAUGCCAAAUCAGCUAUGGUUUGCACUGCUAAUGAUUUACAGGAGUGGAAAGACUUCCCCAAGGGGCUUAGGGUGCUUCUCCUUGAUGGAGACAGCAGUUCUGCUGCAGAGAUGAGAUCAAAGCUUGAGGGAAUGGAUUAUAAUGUUUCUACAUUCUGCAAUGAGAAUGAAGCUUUGACAGCAAUUUUAGACAAGCCUGGAAGCUUUCAUGUUGCUAUUGUAGAGGUAGGUCCAAACGACAGUCAUGGAAGCUUCAAGUUUCUUGAAACUGCUAAGGACUUGCCAACCAUUAUGACCUCAAACAUUCAUUGCCUGAGCACCGUGAUGAAGUGCAUAGCGCUUGGUGCAAUUGAGUUUCUGCAAAAGCCGCUCUCAGAGGACAAACUCAGGAAUAUUUGGCAGCAUGUGGUUCACAAGGCAUUCAAUACCAAGAGUAGUUUCCUGUCUGAAUCACUAAAGCCUGUCAAAGAGUCCGUGGUGUCCAUGCUGCAGCUAAAACUGGAAAAUGGAGAACCUGACAAUAAAAUACCAGUUGAAACAGAAAAUGUGUCUCUUGUUCAUGAAAAUGACCAGCACUCGGUAGGAAGUGAUAAGUACCCUGCUCCUUCUACCCCACAAUUGAAACAGGGAGCACGGUUACUUGAUGAUGGGGAUUGCCAAGAUCAAACUAACUGCUCAACAGAAAAAGAAAGCGGUGAGCAAGAUGGGGAAUCGAAAUCUGUCGAAACUACUUGUGGUGAUUCAAUUGCUGAAGGUACUCUUCAGGAGGGCAAACCUCAAAUACCAGGAAAGAGUCUGAUCAAAGAGGAAGAGGAUUCUGCUGAUGGUUUUAAAAGUGAGCGAAAGGCGUCUCCUCCCCGGCAUAAUAGAGAAAGUAACAGCAGUAUUGAUGGUGGUGGUGGUCUUGAAAUUAAACCAUCUGUAGAUAAUUCUAGUGGGGCUAGAGCUAAUCGGAAGAAGAUGAAGGUAGACUGGACAUCAGAACUGCACAAGAAGUUUGUGCAUGCAGUUGAACAACUAGGUGUUGAUCAAGCCAUUCCUUCUCGGAUACUAGAGCUUAUGAAAGUGGAAGGUUUAACGAGGCAUAAUGUAGCAAGCCAUCUCCAGAAAUACAGAUUGCACAAGAGACACAUCUUGCCCAAGGAAGAUGAACGGAGAUGGCCGCACGCAAGAGAUCUAAUGCAAAGGAGUUAUUAUCCACAUCGACCGAUCAUGGCCUUCCCCUCGUAUCAUUCUAACCACACCCUCUCCCCGGCUCCGAUUUAUCCUAUGUGGGGGGGCCCGCACGGCGGUCAACCAGCCAGAGUCCAGAUGUGGGGCUCGCCUGGCUAUCCUGCAUGGCAACCAACAGAUAAUUGGCAUUGGAAGCCUUAUCUUGGGAUGCCUGCUGAGGCUUGGGGCUGCCCUGUGAUGACAACUCCACAUAGUCCUUAUCCUUCCUACCACCAAAAUAAUACUUCAGGAUUUCACCACGCUGGUGCAGUUGAUAAUAAUAGCCACGGCAUCCCACACAAUUCUUUUGACCUUCAUCCGGCAGAGGAGGUAAUUGACAAGGUUGUUAAAGAGGCAAUUAGCAGCCCAUGGCUGCCCUUGCCCUUGGGCCUGAAGCCUCCCUCCACUGAGAGUGUACUAACUGAGCUCUCCAGGCAAGGCAUCUCCAGCAUCCCCCUUCACAUCAACGGCUCUCAACCUCACUGACGUGGCACCAAGGUGGUCUCAUCUCAAUCAAGGCCCCAUAUGAUGAUCUGUCCGUAGAAGUUUUUUUACAAAAGCUUGACAGGUGUCAUGGACCUGAUUGAUUGAUUGGUUGGGAACCACCUACCCCCCAUUCCAACCUUGGACAACUCACGUGGCCUUUGUGCGCGUGGGGAUUCCGGUUUUGAGUGGUAAUGCCAGGUCACACGUAGACACAACCGAGAAAAGGACACUGAUCAUAUCCAUCGCCCACAAGUGAAGAGGUCAGAUUCGACAGCGUUUUUGGUCGACAACUUGGGUGGUCCAGCACCGGCCACGUAUAUGCCUGUGUUACCACAUGUGGUUAAUUUCUGAUGUUAUGUCUUCUGAUAUUGGACGGUGAUGGGAAAAAGGGUCCUUUUUGGAGUUGUUGGGUAGGACCUGCUCUGUUGCUCUCUAAUAAUGAAUGAAUGGGGUGGAUAGUCUUCUCGACAAGGUUGACUAUUUAUCCUCCCUUUUUUGUUUUUU